GCCUCGCCGGGACCCCCGCAGCCUCCGCGGCUGGGGCCACGCUGGAGCCCCCUGCCCCGCAGCGCAGGCGAGCCGCGAGUUGGCGCGGCGGCCGGCGCCCGCCCGGCUGCGGAGGUCCUGCAAGCUCCGUGAGUGCCAAUCAGUGAAUUAUGGGCUGGGUAUCCACCAGUGCACCAUGAAGACUGACUUUAUUUUUGCCCUCUUGAGGUUCACAUGCUUUAUGAAUUCGCUCUCUCUUCUAUCUCACUGCCACCACCGCCAAUAUUGUCAUCACUUCUAGAAAACAAGAAUUUUAGACUUGGACUUCGGCUCUCCCUUUCCUUACUCCUGGAACACCAGUGUCAUCUUUGUGUUCUACUAAAACAAAUCACUGUGGGUUAUUUUGCCCUUCACAAAAGUGUACCAUCUGGAGAAGUCUUUUCAAAUACCUUGCACUUCUGAGAUAAAAGUGUCUGGAUCCUUAAAGAUAAUUGAGAUCUUUCCCUGCAGAGGAGACAUUUCCUCUUGGUCACGUGAACUUGCUAUCUCACUUUCCACUUGCUCUCCCACUCUGUCACUCCUUCUACUCUCUUCCUCUUCCCUUUGGAUUUAACGCUUGGUGUUGACUGCUGGGGUUCUCCUCCCAGUAGUGUGGCUUCUGUUUUUCUCCUAGGGAAGAGCAGGUUGAAACAAUGGGCUUCACUCUGCAUUCUGUCUACUUCACCUUGAAGGUGAGUUUGCUGCUGGGCUCCUUGCUGGGUCUCUGUUUGGGUCUGGAGUUCAUGGGCAUCCCCAACCAGUGGGCCCGCUACCUCCGCUGGGAUGCCAGCACUAGGAGCGAACUCAGCUUCCAGUUCAAGACCAACGUCUCUGCUGGGCUGCUUCUCUAUUUUGAUGAUGGUGGUGUCUGUGACUUCCUCUGUCUGUCCCUUGUUGAUGGGCGCAUCCAACUCCAGUUCAGUGUGGACUGUGCAGAGACAACAGUUAUCACAGACAAGCAGGUAAAUGAUAGCAACUGGCACUUCCUGAUGGUCAGCCGCAAUCGCCUUCGGACAGUGCUAGUGCUGGAUGGUGAGGCCAAGCCGGGUGAGGUGCGUCCGCAACGCCAGUAUAUGAAUAUCGUCAGUGAUCUUUUUGUUGGUGGAGUCCCACUGGACAUCCGUCCUGCUGCCUUGACUCUUGAUGGUGUUCUGAGUGAGCCUCCAUUUCAAGGAUUUAUCCUGGAUCUGAAAUACGGCAACUCUGAGCCACAGCUCCUGGGUAGUCAAGGGGUCCGACUGGAAAUGGAAGGACUUUGCUCAGAAAACCCCUGUGAAAAUGGUGGCACUUGCUUCCUUCUGGAUGGCGAACCACACUGUGACUGCUCAGCCACUGGAUAUGCUGGCAAGCUGUGUUCUGAAGAUGUCAAUCAUAUUCCAGGCCUCUCACACCUGAUGAUGGGUGAACAAGGUAGAAGUAAAGCACGAGAUGAGAAUAUGGCCACUUUCCGUGGUUCCGAAUACCUGUGUUAUGACCUGUCGCAGAACCCCAUCCAGAGCAGCAGCGAUGAGAUCACUCUCUCCUUCAAGACGUGGCAACGCAACGGGCUCAUUCUGCACACCGGCAAGUCAGCGGAUUAUGUCAACCUGGCCCUGAAAGACGGUGCAGUGUCCUUGGUCAUUAACCUGGGGUCUGGGGCCUUUGAGGCCAUUGUGGAGCCGGUCAAUGGCAAGUUCAAUGACAACGCGUGGCACGACGUUAAAGUGACACGCAACCUGCGGCAGGUGACAAUCUCUGUGGACGGCAUCCUUACCACCACGGGCUACACGCAGGAGGACUACACCAUGCUGGGCUCAGAUGACUUCUUUUAUGUGGGAGGGAGCCCCAGUACUGCUGAUUUACCUGGCUCUCCAGUAAGCAACAACUUCAUGGGCUGCCUCAAAGAGGUUGUUUAUAAGAAUAAUGACAUUCGUCUGGAGCUGUCUCGCUUGGCACGGAUUGGUGAUACUAAGAUGAAGAUCUACGGGGAAGUGAAAUUCGUAUGUGAAAACGUGGCUACGCUGGAUCCCAUCAGCUUUGAGACACCUGAGGCCUAUAUUAGUCUGCCUAAAUGGAAUACCAAAAGGAUGGGCUCUAUCUCAUUUGACUUCCGAACCACUGAACCUAAUGGACUGAUCCUUUUCACCCAUGGCAAGCCUCAGGAGAGGAAAGAUGCCAGAAGCCAGAAAAAUACAAAGGUAGACUUCUUUGCAGUUGAGCUUCUAGACGGAAACCUCUACUUGCUGCUGGACAUGGGUUCUGGGACCAUCAAAGUCAAGGCCACACAGAAGAAAGCCAAUGAUGGAGAGUGGUAUCAUGUGGACAUUCAACGAGAUGGAAGAUCAGGUACUAUAUCAGUGAACAGCAGACGCACCCCAUUCACUGCUAGUGGGGAGAGCGAGAUCCUAGAUCUGGAAGGCGACAUGUACCUUGGUGGGCUGCCUGAGAACCGGGCAGGACUCAUCCUUCCCACAGAGCUCUGGACAGCAAUGCUGAACUAUGGCUAUGUUGGCUGUAUCCGAGAUUUGUUCAUUGAUGGAAGAAGCAAGAACAUCCGACAGCUGGCGGAGGCGCAGAAUGCUGCAGGAGUCAAGUCCUCCUGCUCCCGCCUCAGCACCAAGCAGUGCGACAGCUACCCGUGUAAGAAUAAUGCAGUAUGCAAGGAUGGCUGGAACCGCUUCAUCUGUGACUGCACUGGCACUGGCUAUUGGGGUAGAACAUGUGAGCGAGAGGCCUCUAUCUUGAGCUAUGAUGGCAGCAUGUACAUGAAGAUCAUCAUGCCUAUGGUUAUGCACACAGAAGCAGAAGAUGUGUCCUUUCGUUUCAUGUCCCAACGUGCUUAUGGGCUGUUGAUGGCAACCACCUCACGAGACUCUGCUGACACUCUGCGCCUGGAGUUGGAUGGAGGCCGUGUCAAACUUAUGGUCAAUUUAGACUGUAUCAGGAUAAACUGUAACGCCAGCAAGGGACCUGAAACUCUUUAUGCUGGGCAGAAACUCAAUGACAAUGAAUGGCACACUGUCCGGGUUGUUCGGCGAGGAAAGAGCCUCAAGCUGAUCGUGGAUGAUGAUGUUGCGGAGGGCACAAUGGUCGGGGAUCAUACCCGCCUGGAGUUCCACAACAUUGAAACAGGGAUCAUGACAGAGAAACGGUACAUCUCCGUUAUCCCCUCCAGUUUCAUCGGCCAUCUCCAGAGCCUCAUGUUCAACGGGAUGCUCUACAUUGACCUGUGCAAGAAUGGUGACAUUGACUAUUGCGAGCUGAAGGCCCGCUUUGGUCUCCGCAACAUUAUAGCUGAUCCUGUGACAUUCAAGACUAAGAGCAGCUACCUGAGCUUGGCCACCUUGCAGGCUUAUACAUCCAUGCACCUCUUCUUUCAGUUCAAGACCACCUCAGCUGAUGGUUUCAUCCUCUUUAACAGUGGUGAUGGCAAUGACUUUAUCGCAGUUGAACUAGUCAAGGGGUAUAUACACUAUGUGUUUGACCUUGGAAAUGGACCUAACGUUAUCAAAGGCAACAGUGAUCGUCCUCUUAAUGACAACCAGUGGCACAAUGUCGUCAUUACCAGAGAUAACAGUAACACACACAGCCUAAAGGUGGACACUAAGGUGGUCACUCAGGUUAUCAACGGUGCCAAAAAUCUGGAUCUUAAAGGUGAUCUCUACAUUGCUGGCCUAGCUCAAGGCAUGUAUAGCAACCUCCCUAAGCUUGUGGCCUCACGUGAUGGAUUUCAGGGCUGUCUGGCAUCUGUGGACUUGAAUGGGCGUUUACCUGAUCUUAUCAAUGAUGCUCUGCACCGCAGUGGGCAGAUUGAGCGUGGAUGCGAAGGACCAAGCACUACCUGCCAGGAAGAUUCCUGUGCAAAUCAGGGCAUCUGUAAUCAGCAAUGGGAAGGCUUCACAUGUGAUUGCUCCAUGACUUCAUAUUCUGGGAGCCAGUGUAAUGACCCUGGUGCCACAUAUAUAUUUGGGAAGAGUGGAGGUCUCAUCCUGUACACCUGGCCAGCUAAUGAUAGACCAAGCACGAGGACAGACCGUCUUGCUGUGGGCUUCAGCACAACAGUGAAGGAUGGCAUCCUUGUUCGGAUUGACAGUGCCCCUGGGCUUGGUGAUUUUCUGCAGCUGCACAUAGUGAGUAUAGAUGGGCCCAUGUCUAUGCCAGACCUGGGUUUCUGUUACCUGAAUUUGAAGAAAACUGUUACUCUAAAAUAA